UUUCAUAAAAUUUCAGGAUUGCCACCCCACGCCAUCUUCUUCUUGUGGCAACCGACAGCAUGCCCUCUCUCUCUAUAUUAGACAGACACACACACCACCUUUGUUUGCAUCCCCAAAAGUGAAGCAGAGACGAGCUAGCUACAACAACCUUUCAGUUUCUUCUCUUUGCUGCCCCCUAAAAGAGUAGCUAGAGAAAAUUGACUCCUUCCCCCCCCACCCCCCCCCCCCCCCCCCCUUUGCCCACGCCUCCUCUCCUCUCCGCCACCCGAUACAUCAGUCGUCUUUCUUUCUUAUCUCUCGCGCGUGGUCCUUAAUUUACUGGCCAACAACAGGUAUAACACAAACGUCGUUAUAUACAGAUUAGAAAGAGUAGCUAGCUAGUAAUCGUAAUAUGAAUAUGGAUAAUAUGGAUUGGAAUGGCAACUUCAGAAGCUUUGUUUCUCGACCAGAUCAGACUUCCUUUAACUUCCUCUACAACUAUGCCUAUGACCCGCAGUAUCCAGGCAUGGACAUGAAGCACCCAGCAAUAUUAGCAGAAAAUGCACCCAACAGAUUCGUCCCAACCGCUCUGGACAAGAUCACCAGCUAUGAGAGUCAAGAGAAGAAGAAGCGAUUGACAAGUGACCAGUUAGAGUCGUUGGAGAAGAGCUUUCAAGAAGAGAUCAAGUUGGAUCCUGAUAGGAAAAUGAAGCUGUCUCGUGAACUAGGGCUCCAGCCCAGGCAGAUUGCUGUUUGGUUCCAGAAUAGACGUGCUAGAUGGAAAGCUAAACAGCUCGAGCGCUUAUAUGACAACCUUAAGCAGGAGUUUGAUUCUGUGUCCAAAGAGAAACAGAAGCUUCAGGAAGAGGUAAUGAAGCUGAAAGCAGUGGUGAGAGAACAAGCCACGAGGAAGCAAGUCUCAACAGCAGGGUACACAGAGAUAUCAGGGGAAGAGACAGUAGAAAGCACAUCAGUUGCUGCAGCAAGUCGCAAGCUACGAGGACACAGUCACCACCAGAACAACGCAGAACACUGCAACUAUCUUCUCAAUGUGGAUGAAUACAACCCAGUUUCAUCUCCUUACUGGGCUCUUUUGCCAUCUUAUCCUUGAUAAUCACUUCAUCACCUGCUCCAUAACUCUUAAAUAUCGGGCUAGCUAGCUGUUAUUAUGAUAUAUAUAUAUGAAGGACAUUGUUCAUAAAUAUUAUUCUUCUUAGGGGGUUAAUUAAUUUAGCUCAUAAUUUAACCUUUAAUUAUGACAAUGUUAAUUAAUUAAUUAAUUUGCAGUUCAUUUCCUGUUUAA